AUGUUCAUCACGCGCGGCUCAUCUCGCCUGGCGAGGCCGUACAUCUGCCCAAGAUGCAGCUCAAAAACUGCACUUGCAAGGCUGAGCCACGGCCUCGGCCGCCAGCCACCUCGGGCUGCCUAUCCUGGCCUACGGACUCAUGUAACCAGCGUCGCCGGAGUGGACAGCAAAGCGAAGACUCAAGCUGGCGCGUCAGCUACGACACCCGGCAUUGGGCCUGGCCUCAAGGGCCUGAGAAACAAGAACAAGGCUCUGAAGAAGAGCUCCUCUCACGGUCCAUCCGCGCGCACCAUCUUCGGCCAGAGCUCCGAUCUUCCCAUCCGCGCGAGGUUCGCGCCGUCUCCCACGGGAUAUCUCCACCUGGGCUCCUUGAGGACAGCUCUCUUCAACAACCUUGCGUCGAGCGCGUCCAAGGGCGGCGCUUUCAUUCUCAGGAUCGAGGACACGGAUCAGAGCCGUCUCGUAGCGGAUGCGGAAGAACGCCUCAUCAAAGAUCUCGAGUGGGCAGGACUCUCCUGGGAUGAGGGGCCCGACCGAGGCGGACCGUACGGUCCUUACAGACAGUCUGAGCGCCUGGACAUUUACAAGGACCACGUUCAGCAACUGGUAGACCACGGCCAUGCAUACCGCUGCUUUUGCACCUCUGAGCAGCUCGAGGCCCAAAAGCGCGAGCUCCACGACCAGGGCAAGCCGACCGUCUACCCCGGCACUUGUCGCUCCGUCGACUCAUCCGAGUCUGACCGGCGCGCCGCGGACGGAGAGCCGCACGUGGUGCGCUUCAAAAGCGACACCUUUGGGCGGCCCAAGUUCCGCGACGCCAUCUACGGCACCUUCCAGAAAAAGGACCAGGAAGAGGACUUUAUCCUCCUCAAGACGGACGGCUUCCCCACGUACCACCUGGCCAACGUCGUAGACGACCACUUGAUGAAGAUAACCCACGUCAUCAGAGGCGAGGAGUGGCUCAUCUCGACGCCCAAGCAUCUGGCUCUCUACGAGGCAUUCGGCUGGCAGCCUCCGACAUUCGCGCAUCUCGCCCUCCUCGUCAACCCGGACGGGAGCAAGCUGAGCAAGCGCAACGACAGCGUCAACAUCUCCAAGUACCAGAACGAGGGCGUGUUCCCCAUGGCCCUCCUCGCCUGGCUCGCCAACCUCGGCUCCUCGUUCAAGUCGGGCGCCAAGACGCCGCGCACCGUCGCCGACGUGGCCGACGCUUUGACAUUCAAGUUCACCCGUGGCGGCAUCAAGCUGAAUCUCGAAAAGCUGGAGUACUUCCACAACAAGUACCGCGACGCGCUCCUCGCGGACCCGAUCCCGGAACUAGCCGAGCAGGAAGCCAGGCUCAUCGACCACCACUUGGUGCAGCCCAUGUUGCGACAACUCGAGGCCAUCACCACCGGGAGCGGCAAGGACCCGAGCGCUCUCCCUCAUGGCUGGGAGGCCCCCCUCCAACUCGUACCAGCCUUGACGUCUGACGAGCCAACAAAAGCCGCCUACCUCCAGCGAGUCCUCGCCAGCAGACAGGGCGGCUACCAGUCCCCCAGCAGCCUCAUCCAGCAACACCCGUACCUCUUCUGGCGCGUGCCCUUGCAACGAUACGAGGCAUCCCUAUCCACCGCCCCGUCCCCAGACCAACGCAUCUUGGACGCGCUCGACCGGGCCAUCGACGACGAGACCGUCUGGCACGGCGACGGCGUCCAGGUCAUGAAGUGUAUACUCGACACGCUGCAGGGCGAGGGAAUCGACCAGGUCGUCGUGCACAACGCCCUGAGGCUCGUCGGCGCAGGCGGCCAAGACGUGGUGUCGCAGAGCAGCUCGAGGAUGUUUAUGCUGCUGGGGAGGGACGAGUGGCGGCAUCGGCUGGGCGCCUUGCGUUCUCUGAUUAUGGAACGGCGGUAG